UACACUAUGCGGAAUAAUACCAGACGCCAUUCGGGCAACUACGUCUACGACACGAAAAAUGGUUACCUCUACGUUUUGUCAAGCUCGUUUUUGGCUAUUAGGGGUAUUUCUGUUGAAUUUUUCAUGGAAAAUUGAAGGACAGAGCUGGUAUGAUGUAAGACUAGUCGAUGGAUCUUCGAGUAAUGAGGGUCGAGUUGAAGUGUAUUACUUUGGAAGCUGGGGGACAGUAUGUGACGAUGAUUUUGGAAGUACCGAAGCCGACAUCGUGUGUCAGCAACUCGGAUACCAAUACUCAUCCAAUUAUUAUAGCAGUGCCUUCUUUGGCGAGGGGAGCGGGAAUAUUUGGCUUGAUGAUGUGUAUUGCUCGGGGAUAGAGCAGGAUCUAGCAGACUGUUCGCAUGAUGGAUGGGGGGUUCAUAACUGUUAUCAUUCUGAGGAUGUCAGCGUAGAGUGCUAUAGUGGUGAAGGUGAUUCUGAUAUUGUCUUGCGUCUUGCUGAUGGUGGCCUGUCAUCAGAAGGACGGGUUGAGAUUCGUUACAACGGACAAUGGGGGACGAUCUGUGACGAUUCCUGGGGCCAAGAAGAAGCCGACGUGGUGUGCCAACACCUUGGUUAUUACGGUGCCAGCGAGGCAGUAGGAAAUGCGUAUUUUGGUGAGGGUAGUGGAAACAUCUGGCUGGAUGAUGUGUCUUGUGCUGGAUCGGAGUACGGCAUUGAGGACUGCUCUCAUAAUGGGUGGGGUGUUCACAACUGCGGGCAUCAGGAGGAUGCAGGAGUCAGAUGCUAUGACAGUUAUUACACUGAAUAUGGUUUAGGAGUAGCUGUGAUUGCUGGCAUAGCUGUGGGAUCUAUCCUAGGCUGCACUCUACUAGCAUUCCUCGUCUGUGUUGCAUGUAAAGCAUGUACCGGUACUUCAAGUUCGACGACAAUCAGAGUUAGCCCUUCAAGUUAUCCCGGGCCUACCUCUUCCUCCUACCCGGCUACAUCACAUGCCAACCCACGACCAGAUGACUUUAAUAAUGGCCCUCCGCCAUCUUACGAUCAGAUCAAUAAACCCACAUCCUAUGCCAAUCCUCAUGGGGUACAACAUCAUCCACCACCACCACCACCACCACCAGCUGGCACAUUUAACCCUGUUGGGGGGCACGCCCCUCAUGCCCCUGUUCAACCUACUGGUGCGUACUCUAAUCCUGCAUGGCAAGCUCCUCCACCAGGUGCACAUCCUUCAUCUUACCCCCCUCCCAUGGCUCCAGGUGGAAUGGGAGACCAAUCCAACCCCUAUUCUGAUCUACCUCCCUUAGCUCAGCCAGCUCCUGUACCUCAAGCCUAUGUACCUCCACCAAGCCAUGUCCCACCACCCCAACAACUAUACUGAGGAUGCUUCAAUGCGAUCACGGUUCAAAGAACGCUUUAAUGUGAUUCCAAAAAUGUUCUAGUGUUAAUAUUUUUCUAUAUUUGCCGUUUGUGCAGUAAACUCAUGUAGAUGUACAUGUUCUUAUACCACAUGUCUUUCAAUCGUUAGAAUACCAUGUUUUACUUCCAUAGUUUUUAAAAUAUGCAUGCAUAAUCAAAAUAUGAAUAUUUUCGACGAUUGUCUAACUGGAUAAAGUCAACGUAAAAUUGAUUGAAGCGAUAUUAAAUAAAGUGAGAAUGUGUGAACUCGGACUCUAAGUCGAUGUCUAAUAUAAUAUGUUGCCGGUCCAUAUAAUGCAUGCAUGGUAUGGAUAUUUAGGAAGGUAUCUCAAUUUUGUGAAAACAAAUACAAAACAAACGGAAGUAUCUCAUUGAUACUGAAUUUUACUGAAUUUAAUGUUUGGAAAGUAAGUCUUAAGAGAAUUUGAAAUCCAAUACUCGUGUCUUUCAUCCAUUACGUAUAAUCGACAUUGCUUUAUUUUCAUAUAAAAUGUGAAUUUGAUUAUUUGUGAAUGAAUAUUGAUGGUUGCUGUGGAUUAUCCGAGAUUAAUCAAUCAAAACUAGAUUUCUUUCAUUUUCAUACAUUUAUUUAUGUCAGUUGCUGAUAAAAAGUUAGUGUGAGUUGUCUUCAUCAAAGAACAUAAUUUCAUAGCUGGAUAAAAUACUUUUUAUUUAAAAGAUUGUAUAUUCGACGCUUUGGAUUUGGGAAGAAUCCCGUUAAUAUCACUGCAUAUUUUACGUUAAUAUAUUCAUAUCAACACGGCGUCACAGGGUUCGUACAAAAUGAAAUAGACCAAUCUUGUAAAGUAAGGGAAAUCUAUUGAAAACUUGAACGAGAAAUUUGCAAUCAGUUGCUAAUCGUUGUUAUUUUUCGUAAGUAUCACGUUUCGCAUGGUUUCGCAGACAUUGUACAUACGUAAUUACAUGUAUUAUUUGGUAUAUAGAGAGAAAUGGCGUGUGCAUGAAAUGAGAUUGAAAAUCAUAUGAAAUGCAAAAUAAUUUUUAGAGCACCAAUGUACUAUUUUCUUCAGCAAAUUAGUCGGUAAAGACUGGAGAAGUAGCUUAAAGUUUGUACAUCCUUUUGCAAAGUAGAUUGUAAGCUCAAUUUGUAGACAGCACAUCAUGACAUAGCCUAAGUCUAGAGCAAAUGUGAAGCAGAAGAGUUUUAUGGAAUUAUCAAAUAAAUUGUAUUAAUAAUAAGGAACAAAUAAAUUCUUUAAUACACUUUA